GGAGGGAGUCCAGGAGCCAGGGUUGCCACGGUGUCUCCAUCAGCCUCGCCAUGAACCUGGAGCCGCCCAAGGCUGAGUUCCGGUCAGCCACCAGGGUGGUCGGGGGACCUGUCACCCCCAGGAAAGGACCCCCUAAAUUUAAGCAGCGACAAACCAGGCAGUUCAAGAGCAAGCCCCCAAAGAAAGGCGUCCAAGGGUUUGGGGAUGACAUCCCUGGAAUGGAAGGCCUGGGAACAGACAUCACGGUCAUCUGCCCUUGGGAGGCCUUCAACCACCUGGAGCUGCACGAGCUGGCCCAAUAUGGCAUCAUCUAGCACCAGGCCCUGCUGAGGUCCAGACCCUCCCCCUCCUGCCCUCUCUGCUCUAAACCCUGCUCAGGAUUCCUGUUGAGAAGUCUCCCUAGCCCAGAUGGCACCUGGACACCAGUGUGGGAUUGUGACCUCAGGUCCCCCCCUACAUAUUAAUACCAGUCACCAGGAGCCCACCACCUCCCUCCAGGACGCCCCCUCAGGGGCUGGCCAGGCCCUGCUCAACACUGGGCCCACCCCUCAGUCCUGCCCGCAGAGAGGCUUGGCGAGUCUCCCCUCCCAGGGAGAACGGGAAGUGGACCCCAGCCCGGGAGCCUGCUGGACCCCAGGUCAUCCCCUCCUCCCAGCUGGAAAGCCAGGGCAGGGUCUCCCCAGAGUGCCUCUGCACCCCAGCCCCGUCCUGCCUCUAUGGGGGUGCAGAGAAGCUCCCCCUCUCUGCAUCCUUUCCCAGGCGGGUGCCCUUGGUUUGGAAACGCUGGGUAGCAGGUCUCCAAGCGUGUACAGUGAGCAGAUGAGGCUCCACACUCAUCACACCAGGGGGCCAUCCUUCUCAAUACAGCCCACCCUUGCAGUCCCUAUUUCAAAAUAAAAUUAGCGUGCCCUCGCC